AUGGAAGUCCAAUUUUUGCCAAAUGAGCCGCUUACCCUCGCACAGUUGCUAAGUGUUCCAAUUCGCUCGCCCAUUGAACUCAUCAAGAAUUUGCGUUCUGUGUACGCUCAGAAACAGGUUGAAAUCUUCCGAGACAUGCUAGACUCGCUUAUCUCAAACGACAAAUUUGACAUACAUGACUUGGAUACAAUUAUGAUGGAUGCGAUCAGGAACAAUGACACACAAUUCACCUUGGAGCUUCUUUCUCAUGGACUGCCCCUGCUCCCAGAUUACGCCUUAGAAGCAACGAAGUGGAAGGCGAAGAAUUUUCUUGAACUGUUUUUCGAGAAAGGCUGGGAUAUCAACAAGCCAAUAAGUCAAGCUCAACCCCCCCUACUCAGAUCGGGGGCCGAUCCGAAUCAGAGAUGUGGGAUCGAUUUGACACCACUUUCUUACGCUGUCAAGGAUGCCCCUAUCUCAAAUAUUAAGCUCUUACUAGGCAGCGGAGGCGACACACGACAAGGCAAGCUUCUAUUCCACGCGCUCGAACGAAAAUCGGAAAUUAUUCAAGUUUUGAAGCUCCUUCUUAGAGAAGGUGCUCCGCUCAAUGCUACAAUGUAUCAGAAUCAUUAUCCUUCUUGGGCGCUUUAUUUCUUCAUGGGACUUGGUACUAUCUUACACAAGGCGGCGGAGCUUGGAAAUGUUCAAGCCGUCAGCUUUUUGAUAAGUGAAGGGAUAGAUCUAAGCAUAAAUGACGCAAAUGGUGCACUGAUUUUGAUUGUGCCAGGAAUCUUGACAAAGUCGACGUUGUGA